CACAGAUCAAAAGACAAACUGUUCUUUCUCUCUCCUCUCUCGCUCUCUCUCUAGAGCUCAGUGACUCGUCCGGACUCAGAACAGCGAAAAUGAGAGAGAUCCUUCACAUCCAGGGAGGCCAAUGCGGUAAUCAGAUCGGAGCCAAGUUCUGGGAAGUGGUUUGCGCCGAGCACGGGAUCGACUCGACGGGGCGGUACCAGGGGGACAACGAGCUCCAACUCGAGAGAGUCAAUGUCUACUACAACGAGGCGAGUUGCGGGCGGUUCGUCCCACGCGCCGUCCUCAUGGAUCUGGAGCCCGGAACCAUGGACAGCGUCAGAUCUGGUCCCUACGGCCAGAUCUUCAGGCCGGACAACUUCGUUUUCGGCCAGUCCGGCGCCGGAAACAACUGGGCCAAGGGUCACUACACCGAAGGUGCUGAGUUGAUUGACUCGGUCCUGGAUGUGGUCAGGAAGGAGGCUGAGAACUGUGACUGCUUACAAGGGUUCCAGGUUUGCCAUUCCUUGGGAGGUGGAACCGGAUCGGGAAUGGGAACACUUCUCAUUUCGAAGAUCAGAGAGGAAUACCCAGACCGUAUGAUGCUUACUUUCUCCGUGUUUCCAUCCCCAAAGGUGUCGGACACCGUUGUUGAGCCGUACAAUGCAACACUCUCUGUUCACCAGCUUGUUGAGAAUGCGGAUGAAUGUAUGGUUUUGGACAACGAAGCUCUCUAUGAUAUUUGCUUCCGAACUCUGAAGCUUACCACUCCAAGCUUUGGAGACUUGAACCAUCUGAUCUCUGCAACCAUGAGUGGAGUAACUUGCUGCCUCAGGUUCCCUGGUCAAUUGAACUCUGACCUUCGGAAACUUGCUGUUAAUCUUAUUCCAUUCCCUCGUUUGCAUUUCUUCAUGGUUGGGUUUGCUCCACUUACAUCUCGCGGAUCUCAGCAGUACCGAGCUCUAACUGUUCCGGAGCUCACUCAACAAAUGUGGGAUGCCAAGAAUAUGAUGUGCGCUGCUGAUCCUCGACAUGGACGUUAUUUGACUGCUUCAGCCAUGUUCCGUGGCAAGAUGAGCACCAAGGAAGUUGAUGAACAGAUGAUUAAUGUUCAAAACAAGAACUCGUCAUACUUUGUUGAGUGGAUUCCAAACAAUGUCAAGUCCACUGUUUGUGACAUCCCACCAACUGGUUUGAAAAUGGCUUCGACGUUCAUUGGAAACUCCACUUCAAUCCAGGAAAUGUUCAGGAGAGUAAGUGAGCAGUUCACAGCCAUGUUCCGCAGAAAGGCUUUCUUGCAUUGGUACACCGGAGAGGGUAUGGACGAGAUGGAGUUCACAGAGGCAGAGAGCAACAUGAACGACCUGGUCUCUGAGUAUCAGCAAUACCAAGAUGCCACUGCUGAAGAGGAGGGUUAUGAUGAUUAUGAAGAGGAGGAAGCUCAGGAGGAAGUCUAGUCCAACGUUUUGUGUUUGUUUUCUCUUUGUUGCGUUUAUGUUGUGGAUUUAAUCCUGUUUUCGUUUUUGAUUACCUUGUGUCCCUGGGCUUGAAUUGCUUGAUGUUGACCAGCCUUCUCUGCUGGUCUCAUGCUUUGCUUUUGCGGUUAUAGUGUUAGAUGAUAGUUUUAUGAAAAUAUAUGUUCUACUUUUUGAUGUUA